GAUAUUAGAUGGCGCUGCCCCAACCGCCGGACAAGCCAUAUCCUGGGUCGCAUGGAAAGGCUUUGUGUGUCCUAAGUGCGGUCGAUGCAGUUCGCGGGAGACCUGGAAUGGGUGGAAGUGCGGAAACACCGCCUGCAAUUUCGAGCACAAAAUCCCACACAGCAUCAUCCCCCCGACUGCUUUCCGGGACUACUACAGCCCGCUCACGUCGGCCUACGCUCCGUCUAAGGAUUACCACGCGCCGGAAGUUCAACUGGAGCUCCAUUUCCUCCACAAUUACCGGAUCCACAUCUACCGGGUUCCAGGAGUAGAUGGCUUCGUGGCGCAUUACAUGGCCAACAAAACCGUGAACGAGGAGCAGGGAGGUCCAGACGACAUGUUCACGGGGCUACAGACCGAGCUUGAAGCCGGAAAGAUCGACCUGCGGCGCCGGUUACUGAGCAGCACCACUCUCCGUGGCGGACAACUAACGCAGCAUUUCUGUCUAAACUACGGAAUGUACUACAAGUUCGUAGCCCAAACAGCCAGCGAGUCCUUCGACACCGCCCCCGCAGCAAUAAAGAACACGCGCUCGCGCCUCAACUGGGUGGCGCGGCACGCGCUGCAGCUUGCGCAAACGCCGAAUCCCUCCCUGGACUUCAACGAGGAGCUCUUGAUCGGCUACUUUGAAAAGCAAGCGAUCGACUACCACGACGACGGAGAAGCCGGGCUCGGACCAACCAUUGCUUCGCUCUCGCUCGGCUGGCCAGCGCCCAUGAAGCUCCGCAUGAAAGAGAAGCACUACAACGGGGUGUCGAAAGCGGGCGUCAUGGUAACCGACAAGCCGAUGCCCGGGUGCGAGAAAUACAGCGAACGGCUAGCCGCGUGGCAGGAGCUCGAGGCGUUGAAGGCAACAGGCGGCGAAGAGGCGGCGGCGACCUACAAGCAACGCGUGAAGGCGCUGCCGAAGGAGCUGGGGCUGAAGGCCAAGGGCAACGCCAGGGACGUCGUCACGCUGCAGCUCCGGCACGGCGACGUCAUGCUCAUGCAUGGCGCAGACAUUCAGAAGUACUAUGAGCAUGCUGUUGUUCCUGAUGGCGCGCUGCGCUUUGCGCUUACGUGUCGGUACAUCGACCCGAUGUCGCUUUCGGAGGACAUCCGCCCUCACGUUGGCCCUGACAGCCAGCCUUAUGACGGUGCGGCGUUGCCGGAGCCGCCAAAGUAGUUGCGCAGUACGGAGACGUUGAGGACAGGGCGUUGCAGUUAUGGCGAACAGUUCCGCAGAGACGUGCUGCGCGGAAUGUUGGGUAG